GCCGAAAACAGCUGAUACACGCGAACAGACCGUCAUUUGUUCCUUUAGAGGCAGCAGUGUGCCAUGCACGACACCCGUGCGUAAUAAUUUGAAUACACGACUGUAGUUUUGUGAGUUUUUUACUACGAGAAAACUUGGUGAAAAUAAGAUAAAAUUUAAAUGAUCUCAGACACACACUAAAUAAAACCAAGCAAAAUAUGGAUCCAAUAGGGGCUAGCUGUUUCAGUCUACAUAUACAAGAAAAUGAAAAAGCCAUUUUGGAGCAGCAAAAACAGGACGAAAAGUUUACCGAAAUAAUUGUCAGCUGUAGAUCCUUAAGUAAAUAUGAAGCGAGGACAUUUAAAAGUUUACUACCACAAAUUAUAGCAACAAUGAUAGCCGGCUCCUACCACAUAGUAGUUGGUAUAUCUCUAGCAUAUUCAGCCAUCUUGAUUCCGCAACUUAACGCCACUGGAACUGAUAUAGAAAUAACGAAAAAUGAAGCUUCUUGGAUAGCUAGUGUAAUAGUGGUUGUAGUACCGGUGGGAGCAAUUUUAGCAGGAUUUUUUAUGGACUGGGUAGGCAGACUGAAUACAGUAAAAUUGGCAGCUAUACCUGGUGUUAUAGGAUGGACCCUUAUAGCUACAGCUACAAACGUACCGAUGAUAAUUGCUGGAAGAAUAUUGACAGGUCUAGCCACAACAUGGGGUUCAAGUCCAGCAGUGGUAUACAUAACAGAAAUUGCAAGGGCGGAUAUGAGAGGCUCCCUUAUAUCCUGUGCACCUGCUUAUGCUUCAUUAGGAAUGGUUAUAGCAUAUUUAAAAGGAUGGUUUUUGAACUGGAGAACCGUUGCAUGGUAUUGUAAUGCGUACAGUAUAAUACCAUGUUUGUUGAUAUGGUUUCUACCUGAAAGCCCUGCGUGGUUGGUUUCAAAAGGAAAAAUUGAGGAGGCUUCAAAGUCGUUGAAGUGGAUUAAUAAGUACCAACCUCAGCCCCCAAAUCAGAAUGAAAGCCUUGCAGAACUGCAGUUAAAUCAGCUUCAAAAAGAGCACCAACAAAAACUGGAAGAUCAGGCCAGAAAUGGUGAUGGUGGUUUAGUAAAAAUAAAGGCGUUCUUGAAACCUACAGCAUAUAAACCACUAAUAAUACUGUUUGGUUUGUUCUUUUUCCAACAGUUUUCUGGAAUAUAUAUAACGCUUUUCUACUCAGUAUCAUUUUUCCAAGAAGUGGGAAGCACUAUUAACCCAUACUUGGCCUCCGUACUAAUUGGUGCAGUAAGAUUCUUUAUGUCGAUGGUGAACACAUAUAUGUUAAAAACCUUCAGGAGAAGACCUUUGGUGAUGACAAGUGCUGUUGGUAUGACAGCUUGCAUGGCCAUCUCAGGUUUGUUUACAUCAUGGAUUCUCAGUGGUAAAUCGGACCAAAGAUGGGUCCCUGUAGCACUCCUUUUACUCUACGUGAUCACCUCUAUGAUUGGUUUACUACCAAUUCCAUGGACAAUGACGGCAGAGUUGUUCCCCAUUGAAAUUCGAGGUGUUGCCCAUAGCAUAGCCUAUAGUAUAGCGAAUUUACUUAUGUUCGCCUCAGUUCAAUCCUACUACGCUCUAUCAGAUUUAUUUGGAGGUAGCUCAGGAGUACAAUACUUUUUCGCUGUAAUCUCCAUAUGCGGAAUGGUGUACACCUUCAUAUUCCUACCGGAAACGCACGGGAAAAAGUUGACGGAAAUCACCGAUUACUUUAAUCACAACACUGUUUUUCUGGGACAAAAGAAACCCAAAUCCAAGAAAAAAACGCAAUCCAGAGUCGGUAAAAAAGACAUCGUCAAAUCAAAAAUCGACAACACAAAAUUAAUGCAAGUUUAAAAAUGAAAGGGUCGUCACUGGUGCUCUAAUUUUAACAGUGUGAUCAUAAAGGAUAUACAGAGUGUUAGUUUUUUUAAUUUGUCAAAAACUAUACAUCACUUAAUAACGAAUACUUAACAAAUACUUAGACAAAUUUACAGAUCAGUAUUUUCUGCCCUUUUUUAAUUUAUUUUCCCUCAGAAUUUGACAAGUUUGUGCUUACUACUUAUUUUUUUAAUAUGUUAGGUAAUAAUUUGAUAACAAUAAAAUUUAGUAAUAUUAUAUAUUUUUUAAUAUUUUAUCCUAGUUUUAAUUAUAUUUCGUCGCCGUGGAAGUUAAGCCACAAAUUCGGAAAAAUAGAGUUAAGUAUACAAAUUGCUGUGGUCAAUGUUUUUAGGCCUCAAAAUACUCUUAUUUAGAAUAAUAUAUAUUGAAUUUUGCCAACCGCUUGACCUCCACGGCGAUGAUUUAUUACAAAUCAAUGUGAUAAUUUGUACAAAUAAACGAUUGUAU